GUGCGGGGGCGCAUUAUGGGGGCAUUUGCGGUCCUGAGCGUGCGGCGCUGAACUACAGCGCAGUGCAUCUCGGGAGGCCCCCUCCAAGCUUUGUGGGAAGCAACUGACUCGCCCACCAUGUCCGGCUGCGAGCUGCCUGUGGGCACCUGCCCGGACAUGUGCCCAGCCUCCGAGCGCGCCCGACGCAAAAAGGAGGGCCGCCUGCAUCGCUUCGAGGUGGCGCCGGGCUGCUGCGGGAGCUGGCCCCGCGCUGACCCGCAGCGCGCCGUGAAGGAGUACAGCCGGCCGGCCGCCGGCAAGGCCCUGCCCCCGCCGAGCCAGCUCCGGCCGCCGGCCGUGCUGCUGGCCACCGUGCGCUACUUGGCCAGCGAGGUGGCGGGACGCACCGGCAUCGUGGCGGACCGGCUGCGCGCCGUGCGUCUGGACCUGGCCCUGCAGAGCGCGGGCGACGCCGAGGCAGCGGUGGUGCUGGAGGCGGCGCUGGCCGUGCUGCUGGCCGUGGUGGCGCAGCUCCGGCCCAAUGCCGCGUACGGGCUAGUGGACCGGGCGCUGCUGCAGGGCCAGGUGCAGGAGGGCUUCGGUUCGCUGCGGCGCUGCUACGCGCGGGGCGCAGGGCCGCACCCCCGCCAGGCCGCCUUCCAGGGCCUCUUUCUGCUCUAUAACCUGGGCUCAGUGGAGGCCCUUCACAGUGUUCUGCAGCUGCCAGCUGCCCAGCGCUCCUGCCCAGCCCUACGGACGGCCCUGGCUGUGGACGCAGCCUUCCGGGAAGGCAAUGCUGCCCGCCUGUUCCGCCUGCUCCGCACCCUGCCAUACCUGCAGAGCUGCGCCGUGCAGUGCCACGUGGGCCAUGCCCGCCGCAGAGCCCUGGCCUGCCUCAAUCGUGCCCUGAGCACCCCCAAGGGCCAGACCUUACCCCUGGGAUACAUGGUCCACCUGCUGGCCCUGGAUGGGCCCGAGGAGGCACGGGACCUGUGCCAGGCCCAUGGACUGCCCUUGGUUGGACAGGACAGAGUUGUGUUCCAGAGGGGUCACUAUGCUGAGGAGGGGCUGCCGCCCGCGGGGUCCUGCAAAGUGUUGGUGGGAAGCAAGCUUGGAGGGCGCUCCCUGGAGGAAGUAGUCAUGGCGGAGGAGGAAGAGGUGGGUGGGGACAGGUCCAAGCCCCUUGAGUAAGGAGAUACUGUGCAGUCUCCCAGAGCCCAGGACCGGGUCUGAGCACUCAGGCCCCUUUUCUCAUGAUUCCCACACAAUAAAAGGAACUUGUUUUGUAA